AAGAAGUUGAUCACCCAUAAAGUUUUGUCAUUCCCGCUGUGCAUGGUGAACAUGUUCCUACCCGACUGCCUUAUGUGAAGGUGACACGAUACUUUACGACAUACGACAGUAGGCUACACACAUACAUGUAACACAUAUCCUCCUAUGUACCUGGGGGGUACUGGACCUGUCCGAUGUUUAACUAUUUACAAGUCAUGUGAAGGCCCAAAGAAGAGAGAUGUCGUGAAAAACAGAGAAAUGAUGAUACCAUGUAUUUAGAAUAUAUGCUUCUUGCCGUUAUUCUAUUUGUGGCCAGUGCUCUUCAGUGUCAGUGGGGAAAGUUUGGUGACAACUGUGAACGAAACUGCUCCUGCCACUGCGCCCUCGUGAAAAACAGUACGGCAAAACAUUGCAGGAAAUCAACUGGAGAGUGCUCAGAGGGGUGUAUUCCUGGGUCGUAUGGUAUAGAUUGCACGAAAAACUGCAGUGAAAACUGUCUCAACAAGAUAUGUAAUCAACAUAACGGUCACUGCACCCAAGGCUGCAUAGAAAACUACAAAGGAGUUUUCUGUAACAUUUCCAAAGAUUUCAGUAAUCCAGACACCUGUACCAGGAAUUCAGCUCAACCUACCUCGGUCGUGAUCCUUGGAAGCUGUCUUGGUUUUUCAGUGCUGUUGAAUAUCAUUCUUUGUGUGCGAUGUUGUGUGGUGUCGUUUAGAAGAAGACUGAAAACAAGUAAAGGGAGACGGAACCCAAAUAAGGAGUCGGAAAAUCAGAAACACGAACAUUGUAUACCUUUACAAGAUGUCACCUCGACGUAACAUUUGCUGUAUCCUAACAGUUGCAGUUUACCUCGCUUCAAUUCUAGCAUCUCCGAAUUGCAAAAACUGUCUGUUUGGAAAGUGUGAUGAAGACGGAAAAUGUACUGACGGGUGUGAACCAGGCUAUGCUGAUAUAUACUGUCAGCAUCCAUGUCAGGAGACCUGUUCAAAUGGCAGGUGUUUUGUGGACAACCACACAGGAAAGACAAUGUGUACAGAGGGAUGUGUUGAUGGCUUCUGUUACCCUGCAUGUAGGAUACCUUGUCCUGAAGGCUGUCUACGUUGUAAGCGUAUGGUUUGUGAAAACUGUACACUUUGUGAGGGUCACUUGUAUGGAACAAGCUGCCAACACUCGUGUGUUGAUAAGUGUAACGGCUAUGCAUGUGGUAUACAGGGAAACUGCUCACAAGACAAAUGUAUGGAUGGUCGGUACGGCAAGUUAUGCAGUAAGUCAUGUAAACCGAGGUAUGAGUCAUGUCACCAAGAGAGUGGACAAUGUAUUAAAUGCCGGAAAGGGUUAUUCGGCGACGACUGUCAGCAUCACUGUUCACACGAAUGUCUAUCAAGGGAAGAAGAUGAAAUGUUCAGGUGCAGUUCGGGAUGCACGCUGUGCGAGUUACCAUCUCAUACUGAUUCUAAGAAAGAUCCGGCAUGUACAGACAAUGGCAUGGAGGCCAGAAUUAACUCUACCCUUGGACUAUGUAGCGCUGUGCUGUUGAUCGCUGUGACAAGUCUUUGCCUUAACAUCAUAGCCCUUCGGAGAUCUGCGAGCCAAGACGACUAUAGGUUAGCCCGGGCUGAAUUCCGUCGCAGUUGAUCAGACUACACAACGUACUGAAGCUGAACAGUCAAUCCACAAACUGCCUUACACCAGUAAUUUACUCUCAGCAAACUAUUCUCAGCUCAAGUUGUCUUGCCUGAUCGACUAUUCUUCUUUCUGCUGUAUGAAGGAGUCUUCUCGGAGCCCAAUGAUAGUAAUUGACAUUCCCAAAGUAGGGAUAGUUACUGGCAAGAAGGCUUGUAACUCACGGUAAUCAGCUGCGUCAACCCAAGUCAGUUGAGACGACCUCACAAAUUCCUAUCUCAGUGGAUUUGUGGAAUAUAUAUUUUACAGGUAUGCAGAUAAUUUCAGGAUAUGACAUUAUAUAAUUUGCAAGAAACUAUGUAAACUCAUAUUGGAUUAAAAUCAGAAAUGACAGAAUCAGCCAUAGGUGACAUUACAACUUCAACAGAUACCAAUGAUGACUGGCCAACAAUUGAACAUAUAGAUUCGUAUAAAAUUUAGUAUCUGAGCGCAUUUGUACAUAUGAACUAUAUCAUAGGUAAACUAUCCAUCACAAAAUGCUUUUAAAAAGUCACUUUUUAACAAUAAUUACACAGGAUUAUUUAUGGACUAUGAAACAACUUGGAAUAUUAACCAACAGACAGUUCUAAAGAGUGGUCAAAUUCGAUAAGAAGGAGUUAGAUGGGCACAAUCGAGACUCCUAUCCCCUCAGGUUCAACUAUAGUGAUUCAUUUUACUGUUGUCUAACUGCAAUGUUGUCUACCAAAUGUGCGCUCCCAAGUUCAAUUGUGAUUAAAUAUGGCUCAGUGUUUCAGCUCAUCUCAAGUUUUUGUCCUAAACAAAUAUGGUUAUUCACAAACACAGGGUUCUUCCCGUAACGAAAAUAUUGUAUUCAAUAACGUGUUAUCACGGUGCAUAUUUUUUUGUAUUCAGAUAUGUUAUUUGUGCUAUUUCAACCAUAUCGUUUUAUUGCAAUGUCUUUACGCUUUCAAAUAAUGCUUUCUAUGUGAUUUUGUAUUUGCUUUUAAUUAGUCGACUUAUGUGCGAUUCAAGAUCGAAAUAAAUAAGAAUGAUCUUCAUUCCUGAGUCAAGCAAAGGUACUUAAAUACUUAAAUCAAAUACUUAUCCUUAUGAUCAUCUUUAAAAUUAUCAAUGACAUUUCUUGUGGAAUUUUCAGCUUUGUACACCGCAACUUAAGGGGAAACCUUAUUCCCUGUUUCGUUGUCUCUAGAACUGAUGACCAGAGUUACAACUCCAUGUUCAGAUGUACGAGAACUUGGUCUGUGAAAUUCUGUGUAGGGAAGCAGCAUUUCAGAGACAUGGGUUUAUGAUAUGGAUGAAAGCAUACGAAUGUUCUCAUGAUUACUGAAAUGAUUUUAUCGAUAACAACCUCUUGUUUAUUGCGCGACGCCUCGAUGUAGAUUAUUACACCGUUUUUAAGCUAAACGUUGAAAUAAACAAAAAUUGUGCCUUAUGCUUUUUAAAACAGUUGUAUUUCAAGUUAUAGCAUGUGUAUUACCUUUGAACAUUAAUACAUUUCAUUUGUUGUUUUGCUACUUUAGUUAUGUUUUUUGAUAGAUUAAAAAUAGUUUAAUUUA